AUGGCGGCCUCGCCGCUAGCUCCGUCGGGGCAGAAGCGCUUGUUGCAGCGCGGGGAGCUACUGGCGCGGAGCGGCCGCCUGAAAGAAGCGCUGGAGGCUUACUCGGCGGCGCUGCGGCUGGGCCCGGCCUCUUGCCGCUGCCUGGGCCCGCUGGUGGACUGCGUGGUGCAGCACUACCGGCUCCGGCGGCUGGGGCUGCGGGCGGCGGCGCUGGAGCCGCCGGGGACGCUCUUCAGCUGCAGCGGCUGCCGGGGCUUCCUGGGCGAGCCGGUGGUCGCACCCUGCGGCCACGCCUACUGCCGCCGCUGCCUGCGCGAGAAGCUCCGCGCCCGCUGCCGGGUCUGCGGGGAGCCGCUGGGGAUGGCCGCUUGUGCCGUCGCCGUCCAGCUGGGGCACUUGGCGGAGAAGUGGUUCCCGCUCCAGUACAGGAGGGCGCGGACGUGGCGCCGCCUCGGCGAGCUGCUGGACCGAGGACAGUUCGGAGCGGCGUGGGAAGCCGCCAGCCGGACCCUGCAGGAGGAUCCUAGUGACUUGAUGCUCAGGAUUUACAGAGCUGAAUCUUCUGCUGCCCUCCAGCAAUUUGAAUUAGCCCGUGAUGACCUGGUUGCUGUCAUCAAUGAAGUGCCAAAUUGGCCCGAGGGGUACUUUAGACAAGCAAACGUGUUUCAGAGUGUUGGCUGUUUAGAGGAUGCUUUAGAACUUUUCCUCCACUGUCUCGCUCUUGAAAAUGACUUCCUUCCAGCAAAACUAGAAUUGGAAAAGCUGCUGUAUGAUUUAUUGUCACCAGAAAAUGUGAAAGAGCACCUGAAGGAAUCUGCUUUGAACUCUCCACAUAGUUCUGAGGUGGAUUUAGAGCUAGAUUUAGGAGUACAACAAGGUACAUCAGAACCUGUUGGAGAAAAUCUGCCUCAUGCAGAGUCUGCCCAAUCUCUUAUCUCAACAGAAAAGAAUGCCAAAGAAGAUGGAUUAAAAAGGGUUUCUUCUGAACCUUUGCUUUCUGUCCAGAAGAAAGGUGUUUUCUUAAAAAGGAAGUUGUCCCUUUCAGAACAAGAUGUCACUGUUUGUGAAGACAGACAAAGUAAACGUCAAAAACGAGAAACUCUAGAAAGGGACACUGUCUUUCUAUUCAAGGGGGAAGAAGUUCCAAAGGAUUUGAUCAGUAUAUCAGAUUUCGAGUGUUCAGUUUGUAUGAGACUUGUCUUUCAUCCUGUGACAACUCCAUGUGGCCAUACGUUCUGUAAGAACUGCUUACAGCGUUGUUUAGACUAUGGUCCUCAGUGUCCCCUCUGUAAAGAGAAUUUGGCAGAGUAUCUGGCAAAUAGGAAAUACAGCAUCACCCACUUGCUGCAAGAACUAGUGAAAAAGUAUUUGCCAGCUGAGUUAGCUGAGAGAAAAAGGAUUUAUGAUGAAGAAACAGCUGAACAUUCAAGCUUAACCAGUAACAUUCCAAUUUUUGUUUGCACUAUGGCCUACCCUACUGUGCCUUGUCCUCUUCAUGUGUUUGAGCCGAGAUACCGACUAAUGAUACGAAGGAGUAUAGAAACGGGAACAAAGCAAUUUGGGAUGUGUAUCAGUGACUCACAGAAGGGUUUUGCAGAUUAUGGUUGCAUGUUGUACAUUAGAAAUGUUGACUAUCUGCCAGAUGGACGGUCUAUUGUUGAUACAGUUGGAUUAAGGAGAUUCAGAGUUCUGCAAAGAGGGAUGAAGGAUGGGUAUUGUACUGCAGACAUCGAAUAUUUGGAAGACACAAAGAUUGAAGAUGAAAGUGAGAUGAAGGAACUUGAAGAGCUUCAUGAUUUUGUAUACAUCCAGGCUUGCAACUGGUUCCAAAGCUUAAGAAACAAAUUUCAUACCCAAAUUCGUCAGCAUUUUGGUCCAAUGCCAGAGAGGGAAUCAAAUAUACAGGAAACAGCUAAUGGACCUGCUUGGUGUUGGUGGCUUCUAGCUGUCCUCCCUGUGGACCCUAGAUAUCAGCUGUCAGUGUUCUCUAUGACAUCUUUGGAAGAACGACUGAUAAAAAUUCAAGAUAUAUUGACAUAUUUCUCUAGAGACCAGUCCAGAUGAAUUCUUGAUCUUCCUGAAAUGUUCCCUGUUCUUGCUGUAAUUGCAGCUGGAGUGUUUGCAGCAUUUGCACAUUUAAUGCUGGGUUGAAAACUAUAUCAGAAUUGCUUCUUUUCCUGAAACAAUUUGUUCUUCACAUGGAUUCAGUUAGCUCAAAGGAUAUCACAAAACUGUGCACACAAAUCAAUCCAGUAACAAAAGAUGUGGAUUAGUUCCACUUUAUUUGCACUAUGUACAAGUGAGAAUGUAUCUUUGAUUUGAGUUUUUCUGCUGACUUCUUGCAAGCAGUGGAAAGUGCUGGAUUUCAACGUUAGUCCAAGUUUACAACAUUAGGGAUAUGUUCAAAAACUUGCAAUUUGGAGUUUGCCUCACCUGCAACAUGCUGUUGCUAUUUUGCACAAGUACUUAAUGUAGUUUUGAAUGUUGCUGUGGGAAACUUGUGUCCACAGCUUCAGGAGCAUCUUAAGUGAAGUGUUUCAGUUUUUUAACAUGGCUCCAAAUUCCUACAAUCUUUUCAUAUUAUGAAGUCUGCAAUAUUAAUUUGUACCAUUUCUAGUUAAGACACUCAAACAUUAUUGUGCAUUCUGAGAAGGACUGGGGUUGGAUACAGAUCGGAUGGCUGACCUUUUAAACUCAAAUGCAUAACAAAUAUAGCUUAGUGUACUAGGAACUCAUCAUCAAAUUUAUUGUUCAUGACCAUCAGUCUUCACAAUUACAACAUAUCUAAAAUGAAAUUACAGAUGACCAAAGUUAAAAUUCUAAAACCUCAGAGCAUACAGUCUGCAUCAUGAUACUAAAAUAAUUCAGUUAGAGGUAUUCUUAGAAACAAAGUCAUCGUAACAGCCAGGGCAAAAAGAGCUAAUCCGUAGGAAACAGAGGGUUCCGCAUCAGAGAGCAUACAAACUAAUUUUUCAUGAUCUGAAAAGGACUGUAUAUUAUCUAAAAUCAUGGCCAGGAAUUUAUUUCUGGGCCCCAGAUACAAAGGAUAGGUCAGGACAUAGCAUGAUAGGUCUUCCACAGAGCUUUUACCCAUGCAAAUUCAUCAGUUGAUUGGAGUUUUGUUAUAUUGGCCUGUUAAUAGCUCAGAUGGCAUUGUUUGAAAAGGCAAUGCUGUGAAUGCUGUUUUUAAAUUUCAAGCUGUUAAUAUUGACCAGAUAAGAAGCUCUAGAAUUAUUCUUAAAUCGCUUUGUACCAUGGGGUAAACUUCUGGCAUAUAAUUGAGGAGUUCUCAAUUAUAGAGUCCCCAUUAAAUGCCCAUUCCCCCAAAUCCAGGUUGUUCCCGGUAGCUGGAGCAAAUAACCUGGGAUGGUUUAGCGAGUGAAGAUGCUAUAAAGGAAAUGAGAGUAGGCCAUAUUCCUGCAUAACAAAACAUGAAAGCUAGAAUUGCUGAAUGAGCCAGUGUUAUGUAGUUGGUUUUUCUGCCAUUAUUUUAGAAUAAUAAAACGGUUGUGGGCCUUGAUGGAGGGCAGGCCAAGCUCUGAUCUUGACGGAGCCACUGGUGUCCCUUUUGGUAAUGCUAAGAUUAGUCUCAGAGAGAAAUGUUGAAUUGUUUCCAAAUGAGAACUUGUCCCUUCCAUCCUCAAACUUUGAUCCCAUAUAGUAAGUGGGGGUGACCUUGCAAGCAAAGAGUUUCAGUGCCAGUUCUAUAAGAAAGCCGCCUCUGGUGUAAUAAAAUUUCAUUAUUGCUCCAAUAAUCUUAAGAUGUUACUGAUGUAACAAACACGAAUUUGAGCAAACUUUGGAGGAUGGUGGAAGACAGGAAGUCCUGACAUGACUUUGUCCAUGGGGUCGCAGAGAGUCAGACUCGACUGAGACUGAACAACAAAAAUCUUAAGAGCUGAGGAUUGGAUAGAUGGGUGCUCCAAUUCAGUUUUGCUGUACGUUAUACCCAGCAUUUAUAGGUUUUUCCACUGCUCUAUUGAUAUGCCAUGUAUGCUCCAGAGAAGGUUUUCCAGAAAACCAUUAUUUUGGUUGUUGUGUAAUUAAUUGUAAACUUCUCUUCACACAAUUGCCCAGACUAUUUAGAAGUCUUUUUUAGGACAACUCUGAUCAGGGCAAUUAGUGUCAUAUCGUCAUAGAACAGGGUUGAUACUUUCUGAGAUGGUCUGUAGAAGGGUGGAACAAAUUCUGAACCUGAUAAUUUGAAGACAAUGCUGUUUAUGUAUAGGUUGAAUAGCAGAGGGGCUAAAACACCCUUUUUAUUCCUUUGCGUACAUGAAUGCCUCGUUAAAGAAGCCGAAGUGCCCACCUUAAUUUGUGCAUAUGUGUCAGAAUGUAACUCCUGUAUUAAAAACAAGUCAUUUAUCAGUAUUAGUACUCGCUAGCUUUUCCCAGAGUUGAUACCUUGAAUGAAUCAAAGGUUGCAGCCAAAUCCACAAAUGCCAUAUACAAGGCUUUUGUUGGGCUGUCCAUGGCUGUAUAGGCUUACUGGAGUGUAUUAGAGUGAUCUGUUGUGCUUUAACUUCUGAAACCUGCCUGGUGAGGAUGUAUGAUGUUAUUGAUGGCCCAAUCCUCCAGCUUUUGAAGGAGAUAUUUUUCAUAAAGUUUUAAUGCUGUAUCCAAAAGGCUUAUAAAGCCAAUAAUUACUAGGAUUGGUUUUAUCUUUUUUUGUGUGUGGAUGGGUAUCGCUAUACUUAUCUUCCAUCCUGCAAGGAAUAUAUCUGUGUUGUUUAUCUGGGUAAAUAAUUUGGCCAGUAUUGGUGACCACCAAUUAGGGAAAGCCUUUAGAAGGGGAUUUACCAGAAGCCAUGGACAUUAAGAGAGAUCUCACUUCCAACUCUUAUGACUGAAGGCCACUCUUAUGUCCCAGGGGUUGGCAUCUCACUUUCAACUCUUAUGACUGAAGGACUUGAAGGUUAGUGGCAGUAGCAUGAUUUCUUGUUUCUAACCUUUUGGGCUGGGGUAGGGUAGAUUCAAAGAUUUUAGGAAAAUGCCUAAGCCAAAUGUUUCCAGGAGUUUGAGCAUCUAGUUGUUGAGGGCAUCUGCCUAGAUCAAACGUGGCUAACUCCCCAAAAUAGUCCUUUUUUUCAAUAACUGCCUGUGCUAGUUCAGCCCAUAAACACUUAGCAUGAGUCAUCUUUUAAGUAGACUCUUGCACUGGACUCUGUAGCUAUAUGCUGGACUGCACAGAGAUCUUUGCUAUGUUGACCAAAUCAGCUUAGAUUUUUUUUUUUUUUAAUUUCUACAUUCUUGGUUGAGCCAGCCAUUGGGCAGAUUGUAUUGCUGUUUGGAAGAGCUAUUAUUAAUGGCUUAAGAUUUUGGACUAAAUCUUCAUCAUUCUGAAUUAUAUUUUUAUCAGAUUAAAUUAAAUCUUGAUGUUUGGCUUUUAGAUCUCCAGUUUCAAGAGCUUGAGCUAUUAUAUCUUAUAGCUGCUCCAUCCACCUGUGUUUCCUAAAUCCAGGAAGUAUAUCUUUGGUGGGUUCCCACACAUUCCCUUUUCCUGGAUCUGUCUAUGACUUGGACAUCUGCUUUUUGACUGUGAUUAGCACUGCCAAGCCACCACUAUCUCGACCCUUGGAGCUGAUCUGACAAGCACAGCAUAUGUCCUAUAACCCUGGAGGGUUAUGUAGGCAGAAUCCUAUGCCCAAGUUUUCAGUGAGCACAAAGUAGGGUAGAGGGGAGGAUUUUCAGCUAGUAUUGUUGGGUUUGGGUGAUAUUGGGCUGCCUGAAUUGAUACUCCUUUGUUUUCAGGAGCUUUGAUCUUAGCCAUUCUGAUCUUUCUGUUAAUGCUGAUUGCUCUGCUUCUGGAAGAACCAAAAAGGAGUUAAUUAGAUUUUCUUCGGUGGAGUUUUCUAAAUGGACGUUUUCAGUCCGUCCUUGUAAGACUUGGGAGACUUUAAGGUAUAGUUGGCUUGUCUAUUUUAUCUUGUUUAGGUGGGGCUGUGUGGGCUCUUGAGGGAUGAUCUUUUGAGUCUGCUGGAGCUUUGGCAUUUAGUAGCAUAGCAAACAAGGGAAAAUAGUAAUCUCAAAGAUUCUUAACUGGGAAAAUUCUCUAGUUCCUAUUCUGGCAAAAUAACAGGAAAGGUAUUUUUGAACCAUUAAAAGUUAGCAGCAUCUCUGUUUGAUUCAAACUGUUCAACAUUUCAGUCAAGGAUAAAUUUAUUGGGAUAUCAUUCUCCAGAAAUAAGUGUUCUUAGAUUAAUGGUGGCUUGUUUUUUAGGCUUCCAGUUAGGACUCUGUUAUCUUGGCAUAUAAUUAAACAUCUUAUGUGGCUGCAGAGUUAAAUUAUACCAUUCCCACUUUUCUCUUGACUGUUUCAAGUCCAAGUUUGGGUAGCUUCUUUCAGCCUUCAGGUAGUCAGCACCUACAGGUCUUAUUGGUCUUGACACAAUCCUUGUAAGUUGUUCAAGUUUAAGGUUAACUCAAAUCAAUAUAGAAAAGAUCCACUGUCAAAAGGGAAAGCUCUUUCAGCAUGUCACUGGCACUCCCUCUGUGCUUCUGGAUUCCUCUAUACUUCUUGUGGCAGACUGUUAGUUUCUGUAGUAGUACCUGCCUCUGAGUUUGAAGUGUCAGCUAAAGGAGCAUAUUGAUGUGUAGUUGGUAGACUGAAAACUGUGGUUUAUUUGGUGUAAAAUAGAUUCUUUUCUGUUUAUGAAUUGGGAGUGCAGGUGAAUCCUCUAGAUCAUGUGCUGAAUUCGAUCUCUCAGACCUGAGGCUUGACAUUUUGGUCUUUAUUGAAUACUACUUUGACCCUCUUAAAACUCUAUGGCAUUAAAUUUAGCAGGAGUUAGUAGGGGGAAAACACCAAAAAGUUGGUCCGAAAGGGUAAUUAGCUUCAGCUAGGGCUUAUGUACUCAGGGUCUCUAUCUCAACAGGGAAAAUUCAGAUUAAAACCCUAGUGUUUAAUAGAGACUCUGUCUCCAGCUUCUAGUUAGUGACUGUUAUUUGUGAAGCAAAUGCCACUUUCAGAGACAAAGUGUAGUGAGAUUCUGAGAGAUUUAGGGGAAGAGCCCCAGCAAUUGUUUGCUGUAAAGAAGCAAGCUCUGAUUUGGCUUUAAGUGGGAAAGGAUAGCUGAAGUUUAUACAGCAUGUGCCAAUUUUGAGAAUUAAAAGGAAUAAAAAUAGAAUAAAAUGCAGUUAGCUUAAGAGAAUUGCUGCCACAACUUUUAUCUGGGCCCUACAAGCAACUGUAUACAUCAAUGAUGCCUAAGGUUUGUGCGCAUCACCUAGACACAAGUUAUCAGACAUGCAGAUUUGAAAAAUAUUCAGUCACUUCUAGAUGCUAUGGCCCAUUCACUGUACUCUUAUGGACAAUUGAUGCAAAUGUUUAGAAACUAGAGAUGUAUUAAAACGAAUAACAAGAUUGUUUUCUAUGGGCCAUGGGAGAGCCUAGAUUGCCCAUUGGAUAUAAUAGGAGAGAAGAUUGCCAAUUGACUUGCAUGGGCCCCACAGAAAUACAUUGAAGCACAAAAAUGGUUGCAGUAAAAAUGUGGAGCGGAUUUUCCAGGAAAGUCAACACAACCUACAAGUGUCCUGGAAUGGGAUUGCCAGGGUACAUUUCCAACCCCUGGGACUGGCAGAGGUGUUUUUGGAUUUGGAUUGCCAGGCCCCACUGCACGGGCCACCCCUCAGGGCUCCUCCUGCUGAUGUCAUAAAGCCUAAUGCGAGGGGGGAAAGAUAGGGAUAAAAACUGGCAAUUAAUGUCUACUCUCUGAGAAAGCAGGCUUUUAAAAUCAUGCCAUAAAAAGUUAAGCGAAAUUUAUUUUGAAUGUCAAUUUAUUCAAAAUACGACCGAAGUCAGUACCAGUAUAAAAAAAUGUGACAAAACGAAUGAAAAGCUUUGAACAACUACAUUAGUCAGGUGAAAAAGGGGAUUAUGUGAGGGCAUAGACUUUUCUGUUUCACGAGGGGAGAGGGGUUGGGGCUCAGCCAGAGGCAUUGGGAUCCAGUGAUAUCAUAGGGAGGAGCCACCAUUAUCACUACCUAUGAAUUUAUGGAGAAGCCCCCUCCCCAACAAUGCCCAUGGGCAAGGGUUUUUUUUAAGGAUUCUAGCAAGACUUCUUCCAUGCCUUAUUCAUAUCACUGGCCUGUAACACCUUCCUCAAGCUUAAGCUGAAAGAUGGCUGAGUGGAGUAGAAUAUAGGGCAGUUUUCAUUUUACCGUGUAGAAAGGUUGGCAUUCUGCUUGCCAAUAGGUACUACUUAAAUUUGAUUUGUGAGCACCUUGUAUGUGAAACAAUGCAAAAUAUUUCUGUAAAAGCAUUGCUUUUGCUAAUAUUUAAUUUUCAAUAAACUUAAACCAUAUUUUUAACUUAUGCUAGUGUUUUCCUUGCUGUAUACCUAGGGUUGGUGUUCCCAGCCUUUUUAUGAAGUGAAGCUACCAGUUAAGCAGCCACAGCCUAGAAUAUUCCUGAUGUAAUAAAAAGUAAUAGCUAUAAGCCAGUGGGGGAGGGACAGUGGCUCAGUGGUAGAGCAUCUGCUUAGGAAGCAGAAGGUCCCAGGUUCAAUCCCUGGCAUCUCCAAAAAAGGGUUGAGGCAAAUAGGUGUGAAAAACCUCAGCUCGAGACCCUGGAGAGCGGCUGCCAGUCUGAGAAGACAAUACUGACUUUGAUGGACCAAGGGUCUGAUUCAGUAUAAGGCAGCUUCAUAUGUUUAGUGUAGUCAGUGAUUAAAGGAUUCCCGUUCUGAGUUUGCUGUGUGACCUUCAGUUACUCAUUCUUCACAAGGUUGUGAGUAACUGAAGGUCACAUAGCUUUCGGUCCUCACGGGAAAGUACAGAUACAUUUUUUCCUGUGUUCUCUAAGGGAUGUACAAGCUACUACGUGAGCAUAGGCACACGCGUGAGUUGCCGUAGUAGGUUCAUUUUCUCUGAAUUCUGUGUGAAUAGAUUGUGACAGGAAGCAUACAAUUACCAAGUAGAUCUGAUGUAGGGGUUUUCCUAUGUCAUUUACAUCACUGAAAAUGUAAAAUGUCAGUGAUGAAAGGUGCUUUUAUUGUAGCAAUUUAAACUUGUCCACCCCCCCCCCCCACCAAAAAAAAUACAUAUAAUUCUAAUUCUUGAAGCAGGUCUAAAAGCCUGAGAUAUUGCUUCAAAUCUUUGGCUGUUACAAUACAGAGACAAGACCCACAAAUAAGCAUUCCUGUCAGCAUCUAAAUAGGCUGUUUAUGAAUACUGUUAAGAUUUUUAACCUCACCCUCACAUAAAACAUCAGACCAUAUGUUGCUAACAGACUGUAUUUUAGAACAAGCUCUUAAACUAGAGUUGCCUAUCUAUUGCUAUGUCGUAUUGCUAGCCUUUAUAUAAAAGCCUCAGAAUUAACAGUAAAUUAGAACAGUUGAUACAAAUAACCAGUUCUACAUAGUAAGCCUGAUCAAGACUGAUCAGUAAAAAUUAUUCUAAAUAACAAAAGCAAAGUGGUAGGUGUCACUGUAAUUAUAAAAAGCCCCAAAUUGGUCAUUGGUGGAAUGCAGAUUUCUCUGAUAAGUAUAUGAAGAACUUCUAAGUGAACUGUUUCUUUGAAUACAAUGGCAUACAAGCACCAGCUGGCCAAUACAGAUAUUGUAUUAACAGAAGCUAUCUAGGAGGUACAUUCUCUCAUCUUCUUGUCAGCCUGCUUUAGAGAGAUCCACACAUUCAACAUGUUUGCUCGCAGC